UCCACUGAUGUGCGCGUGUUUCUACACAGCCGCGCGCGCACAGACACGAGUUCCGGUCCUGGAGCUGCUUUAAUCUCGCCGUGAUUUUUUUUCUCCCUUUUCCGCUGUUUUCCCGCGCAGGGCUCGCGCGGAGGAGGAAACCCGGGCACGCGGACCGAGCCGCGGCUUCUUCAGCCAGCCUGCGGGAGCGCGCGCGGAGCGGAGAGGAGAGGAGCGCGCGGGAUAUGCCAUGCGAUGCGGCCGCGCCGCCGGAGACACGGGGAUUGUAGGAAGUGGACUUUGGUUUCACCUUUGCUCUGAUUGUGCUUGGAAGUUUACACACCUGUAGCCCUGUCGAAGGAGAAACACAGGUGACACCGUAGUGGCCCACAGUCUUCCAUAACCAGUUCGACUCCACCAGCUGGAUCUCACACUUGUACUGGCCAACCGAUAGUCAAGAGCGAAAAGGGGUGGGGCCAUGUGGGUGCUGCGGAUGCUCCUAUUGGCCAGCCUGCUAGGCCCUGUGGCUCUGGCGUUUAGCCGUGCCCCAGUGCCCAUGGCCGUGGUGCGGAGAGAGCUGUCAUGUGAGAGUUACCCCAUCGAGCUGCGCUGCCCCGGCACCGACGUCAUCAUGAUCGAGAGCGCAAACUACGGACGCACAGACGACAAGAUCUGUGACGCUGACCCUGCGCAGAUGGAGAAUACGCGUUGCUACCUUCCAGACGCUUACAAGAUCAUGAGCCAGAGAUGUAAUAACAGGACGCAAUGUGCAGUCGUAGCUGGCCCCGAUGCAUUUCCGGACCCCUGCCCCGGAACCUACAAGUACUUGGAAGUUCAAUAUGAGUGUGUACCAUACAUCUUCCUGUGUCCAGGACUCCUGAGGGGUGUGUACCAAAGCGAGCACUUGUUUGAGUCUGAUCACCAGUCAGGCGCGUGGUGUAAGGACCCUCUGCAGGCCUCGGAGAAGAUCUACUAUAUGCCGUGGACGCCCUACCGCACAGACACCCUUACCGAGUACUCCACCAAGGAGGACUUUAUCGCGGGACGACCCACGACUACGUACAAACUUCCUCACCGGGUGGAUGGCACAGGCUUUGUCGUCUAUGAUGGCGCACUCUUCUUCAACAAGGAGCGCACGAGGAACAUUGUCAAGUUUGACCUGCGUACGCGCAUCAAGAGCGGCGAGGCUAUCAUAGCUGGUGCCAACUACCACGACACGUCACCCUAUCGCUGGGGUGGAAAGUCAGACCUGGACCUGGCUGUAGAUGAGAAUGGACUGUGGGUGAUCUACGCCACUGAGCAGAACAGUGGUCGCAUUGUGGUCAGCCAGCUGAACCCCUACACGUUGCGUGUGGAAGGUACUUGGGACACAGCCUAUGAUAAACGCUCAGCCUCCAACGCUUUCAUGAUCUGCGGUGUGCUGUAUGUGCUCCGGAGCGUCUACGAGGACGACGACAGCGAGGCCACAGGCAACAGGAUCGACUACAUCUACAACACGGAGCUUUCCAAAGACGGCUAUCUAGACAUCCCUUUCCCCAACUCGUACCAGUACAUCGCCGCCGUAGAUUACAACCCCAGGGACAACCUGCUUUAUGUCUGGAAUAACUACCAUGUGGUUAAAUACUCGCUGGAUUUCGGGGCACUUGACGCUCGGCCAGAGUCGUCCUCCUCAGUUCACAUCUUCAUGGACACCACCACCACCAGGACGACCACCCGCCCAUCUACAGUGUCCGCCUCGACCACUACAACCACCAGCUCUAGCACUACCAGAUCUCCGGCUCUGAGCGUGUUCACUCCGAGGGCACACACCACCACCGUUGAGCUCCGACCUCCAGGCGGCUCCGGGCCCCUUUCCAGCACACGCCCACCGCCUUCCUCCAUCCUGCCCAACAAUGCUGCAGAGUUCUGUAACCCAACUGUGGAGGCAGAGCUUACCUGGCCCAAAACUCGCCAGGGCCUCACCGCUACACAGCCGUGCCCCUUCGGAACAAUAGGCAAUGCCUCGUUUGUGUGUAUGGGUCCCGAAGGCCUGUGGGAUCUGCAAGGUCCUGAUCUCAGCAACUGCACUUCAGCUUGGGUCAACAUCAUUAGCCAGAAGAUCCGAACUGGAGACUCAGCGGCCAUCAUCUCACGUGAGCUAUCAGAGCAGACCAAGAACCGGAUCCACUCCGGGGACAUCACAUACACGGUGCGAGCUUUGGGCCAGCUGGUGGACCUGCUGGACAUCCAGCUACGCAAUCUCACUCCCGGGGGCAAAGACAGCGCCGCUCGCAGUCUCAAUAAGCUGCAGAAAAGGGAACGCUCCUGCCGCUUUUUUGUACAGGCCAUGGUGGAGACGGUGAAUAACCUACUGCAGCCUCAGGCACACUCAGCCUGGAGAGCGUUGUCAGCAGGAGAGCAGCUGCGUGCUGCCACCAUGCUGCUGGACACGGUGGAGCAAGGUGCCUUCGUGCUGGCUGACAAUCUGCUCAAGACCGACGUCGUCCAGGAGAACACUAACAACAUCCAGCUGGAGGUGGCUCGGAUGAGCACAGAUGGCAACCUCCCAGAUCUGAAGUUUCCUCAGACUGGAGACCAAAGCAACUCCAUCCACCUGUCUGCCAACACCCUUAAACAACAUGGCAGGAACGGUGAGAUCCGCAUGGCGUUUGUGCUUUAUAAGCACCUGGGCACAUACCUGUCCACCGAAAACGCCAGCAUGAAGUUCAGCAGCGAGGCUCUCAGCACCAACUACACCGUCAUCGUCAACUCGCCCAUCAUAACAGCUGCUAUCAACAAAGACAGCAAUAAAGUGUACCUGUCCGAGCCCGUCAUAUUCACAGUGCGCCACAUUCAGCAGUCGGAGGAGAACUUCAACCCAAACUGCUCGUUCUGGAGCUACUCCAAGCGCAGCAUGACGGGCUUCUGGUCUACGCAGGACUGCCGUCUCCUCGCUACCAACCGCACGCACACCACCUGCUCCUGCACGCACCUGACCAACUUUGCUGUUCUCAUGGCCCAUGUCGACGUAAAGAAUGCAGACCAGGUGCAUGACCUGUUGCUGAAUAUGAUUACGUGGGUGGGGAUCCUGCUGUCGCUCGUCUGCCUGCUCAUCUGCAUCUUCACCUUCUGCUUCUUCCGAGGCCUGCAGAGCGACCGCAACACCAUCCACAAGAACUUGUGCAUUUCGCUGUUCAUCGCCGAGACGCUCUUCCUGACAGGCAUCAACCGCACCGACCAGCCUAUCAUCUGCGCUGUGUUCGCCGCUCUGCUGCAUUUCUUCUUCCUGGCGGCGUUCACGUGGAUGUUUCUGGAAGGCGUGCAGCUCUACAUCAUGCUGGUGGAGGUGUUCGAGAGCGAGCACUCCCGCAAGCGCUACUUCUACCUGGCUGGUUACGGCAUCCCGGCUCUCGUCGUGGCCGUUUCUGCUGCCGUGGACUACAGGAGUUACGGCACAGAGAGAGUGUGCUGGUUGCGCCUGGACACAUACUUCAUCUGGAGUUUUAUUGGGCCUGCCACUCUAAUCAUUAUGCUGAACGUCAUCUUCCUGGGCAUCGCCUUGUACAAAAUGUUUCACCACACAGCCAUCUUGAAGCCCGACUCAGGCUGCCUGGACAACAUUAAAUCAUGGGUGAUUGGCGCGAUUGCUCUGCUGUGUUUGCUGGGUCUCACCUGGGCGUUCGGCCUCAUGUAUGUAAACGAGAACACAGUCAUAAUGGCCUACCUCUUCACCAUCUUCAACUCCCUGCAGGGCAUGUUCAUCUUCAUCUUCCACUGUGUGCUGCAGAAAAAGGUGCGUAAGGAGUAUGGCAAGUGUUUACGGACUCACUGCUACAGUGGGAAGAGCGUGGAUUCCUCAGUGGGUUCGAGCAAAAGCUCAGGCUCUCGUGCACCCGGUCGCUACUCCUCUAGCUCACAGGUCCACCACCAGCCUUGUAUGACAAACUGCUCACAGUUACAGUAUGAACAAAGUCGGAUUCGUCGGAUGUGGAACGAUACAGUGAGGAAGCAGUCGGAAUCAUCCUUCAUUACUGGAGACAUCAACAGCUCUGCCACCAUUAACAGAGGUGCUAUGGCCAAUCAUCUCAUCUCAAACGCUCUGCUGCGACCGCACGGCUCAAACAACCCCUAUAACACUUUAGUGGGUGACUCGACCGUGUAUAACAACCCCACUCUGAGCAUGUACAACACACAAGAGGGAAUCUUGAACAAUGCCCGGGAUACAAGUGCCAUGGAUACUCUACCACUGAAUGGUAACCAUGGCAACAGCUACGGCCUGGCGGGUGCUGAUUACCUGAGCGAGUGCGUGCAAAUGAUGGAGCGCAGCGGCUAUGGCGUCCCGCAUGCCACGCACCCGCACCCACACACCCCGCUGGAGAAACGCAUCCUCCAAGAGCUCACCUCGAACUACCUGCCCCCCUACCUGAACAAUCAUGAACGCAACAACCUGGUCAACAAGCUCGUCAACAACGUCAGCAACAUCAGCAACGUCACUCACGUGAGCAACAUUGCUAACAUGAGUAAUGUCAGUAACAUGAGCAACCUUGCAAACAUGAGCAACCUGGCUAAUGUGAGCAAUCUCAGUAACAUGAAUAAUAACGGAACUGUGGGUGGUGGGCGGGGCAAAGACGCCUCAGCUCCUCCUCUCAGCCUCACACUGGACCUUGACGACUCUCCAGCCUUCAUCCCUGAUGAGAGCCUGGGCCUUGAGUUGAUCCGUGACGAGUCCGACACCCCGUUGCUUCCCCAACAACGGCCUACCCUUCACACCCAACCUCGACCCUCUUUUGGCUCCACCUCCUCCUCGUCUCGACGCCGCCUCCCACAGGAAAACAGCGAUAGUUUUUUUCCACUCUUGACCGAAGAGCAGGGUGAUGAAACACCCUCGCCAAGGAGAGACUCAGCUACCCAAGAGCGGUCUGACAUGCACACAUUGCCACGCAGUGGAGGAGGAGGAGGAGGAGGAGGGGAGGAUCCACGGGAGCCCACAGAGAGUGAUGAUGUGUACUACAAGAGCAUGCCUAACCUAGGCUCGAAGAACCAUCUGCACCAGCUGCAUUCUUACUACCACCUAGGCCGAGGUAGCAGCGAUGGCUUUAUCGGUCCCGCCAACAAGGACGAAGCUCCACCCACUGAAACCCCACAAGAGCCUGCCCAGCUCGUCACUAGCCUAUAGAGGACCACAUGGCUUACACACACACACACACACACACACACAUGAUGUGGAGAUUCCCUCCUGUCAUUCCUCACAUCAUUUCCGUCGCUUUUCCGUACUGGUCAAUCGUCCGCAGUUGUAGACAUUUCUUUUAUGUGUUCUCAAAAAAAGAAAAAAAAGAACAAAACAAAGAAAAUAACUUUGGAGAUUUUUUUUUUUUGUAUUCUGACUGAGAAAUUCGAUUGGAGGAUUGUUGAUGUCUCGCCUCAGACAUGACCUGAUAUUUUUUGUUUUUUUGUUCUUCCCCCCCCCCUCCCAGAUUCUUUGUGUGCAGUUUUAUUUCCCACGGACAGCCAGAGACAACUGAGUCGAUAAUGGAUUCCUGUGUUCCUUAGUGGGAUAAGUGAGAAAGAAAAAGACUUCUCAAUGGAUUUACAAAAAAAAAAAACAAAAAAAAAAUGCAGACUGAAUGCAAACACUGAGGCAGUGCAUAGACUUGGUUCCGAACAAAUAAACCAGAUGGAGAAAACACUACAAAAGACUAUUUUAAUACACUUCUUUAACUGACAUGUGCUUUUUAAAUGUUUCUCCUUCCUGUGCGAUGAGUCCGAUACAGUCGUCCCAAUAAGUCGCGUGGAUAAAAUGUGCAUUUUUGAACUUUCUUGCAAAGGAUGACUUUGCCAUAUGGCACUUUGUUUUGUUUUGUUUCUUUCUUUUUUUUUGCGUAUUAAUAACAAAUAUUAAAAAGAGGAGGGGAAAGAACUAAUAUCACAGAGAAUUAAUUAUAAGAUAUUUCUAUGUAAAUGUACAGCUACUAGCAUUACAGUCUGCAGUCUGCUUUUUUCUGUUCUUCUGUAAGCGUGGUGAUUUAGAAUCAGUUCAGUUCUCUCCUGACGCUCUCGGUCCGGACGGCACUUCUGCUCUCACGCUCUGAUCCGCUCUUUGAUUUGUACAUUUCACUUUAGCAGAAAUCAAUGGAACAACAGAAAAAAAAAAUCCUAAUGGUCAUUUUAAGAAUGUAACCAGAAUUUUUUAUUUUUUAUUUUUUUGGCUCCCUCAGAACUUGAUAAAUUUUGUCUUUUUUUUUCCCCCCAUUGUGGAGAUAAAAGUGAUAGAGACACUAUGCCAUUUUGGGCCAGAGGUGCCAAUUUCCUUUGAGAUGAACGUGCUUGCCGAGGAAGAUCCCAAAAAGUGAAAGGUGAAACGGUGAAGGCUGAUUUCCGCAUUUAUAUGCAGCACUUGGGGCUUGUAUAAAACGAUGCCGGAUGUUUGACUUAUUAAAGCUCAAUAUUUGCAGUAAGAAGAUCAAGAACCUGUGUGUUUCAUUUCAGCUGGGUGAUAAAAGACUUAUUUAUUUCUUCCAAGACAACAGCGGUCUCAUCUGGAAAAUCUUAACCACCUUCCUUUUCGCAUAUAUGACCAUAUUUUAUUUAUUUUUUUGUUCAUUUUUUUUCUGUUUUAUAUUACCUUUUGAAUCAAAUUGAAGCAAACGACCUCCUGACUAAUAUU